GGAUGGACCCUGUUGUCGUGUGUGGCUUUGCGAUGGAGACGCCGGCGGUGGGGAUUGCUCGGGGGCACGCGACACUUGGUGCGGUUUGUUUUUUCCCAUGGAGGGAGGGAAGCCGCAGCAGAGUGCGUGGCUCGGGGCCCCCUCGUGGGUGUGUGCCUCUGCACUCCUGAGCACCGGAUGCUUUGCACUGCUUUCCUCAUCCCCCCCUCGUCUACCUCGAUGGAGAGGAGUGUCACCACCGGGUAGGCAAGACAGGAGACGCGACCCAGAACACGUUGCGCCGCAGUAUCGCCUCUUCAGUACCGGUUGCGGACACGAUACAGCCAAACCUUGUGCCCACGCGCAUCACUCACAGCUGCAGAUUCUCCCGAGCGUCCUUCCAGACGAAAGGCAGGAAACGGAUAUUGCGGGCUCGUCUUCUGGAUCGGCAUGCAUUAGGGUUGCUCUCACUGUUUGGGUUGCGGACACGGUGCAGUCAAACCUUACGUCCACGCAUCGCCCACUCUUGCACAUCCUCCCGAGUGUCCUCCCAGAUGACCGACAACGGAGACCAGCGGGCUUGUCGUUCGGCGGAACACACAGGAAACUUUCUCCCACUGUUGCUAGUGGGGUGGCUCGUUGGGUCCUGCGGUGUGAUCAGCGGUGGGUUGUGCCAGUCCAGGCAUUGCUUGCUGGGUCGACAUCAGUACUGAGGAGGUGGUUGAGGAGGACAAGGCGGUGGGUGUCUGGGUGAGGCACGCGUCUGGUAUUGACUAGGCUGAUUCAGGGGUCAAUGUAACCGGACAGUGCAAGG